AUGGAGAAACACGAUCAGAAUGCCGUUGUUGCGAUCAUCGGAGUGGGAUAUGUUGGCGAACAUCUUAUGGAAGUCUUCUCUUCCGCUUACCAGGUUAUCGGGUACGACGUCUCGGCUCCUCGAAUAGAAAGACUGCGAUUGAAGCACUCACGGAGAGACACCGUCAAAUUCUCAACCGAUGAGAGUGAUUUGAAGGACGCGGCACACUUUCUCGUUUGCGUACCGACCACCCUGGGAUUGAACGGCCAAGUAGACUCUUCACAUGUCCGCAGCGCGAUAGACAUGCUGCAACGCUACGCAACCAGCAAAUCGAUAGUAGUCAUAGAAAGUACCGUUGCCGUCGGCAUGACAAGAGCUCUCCUUGGGCCGCUGGCCGGAUCCCGCGGCAUCCUUGCGGGGAUGUCACCAGAGAGGAUCGACCCAGGCCGAAUCGAGCCGCCACCUAGAUCAAUACCAAAGGUCGUCUCGGGGCUCGAUGACAUUGCCCCGGGUUCGCUGGAUGCCAUUGUACGAUUGUAUGAGACGGUGUUCGACACUGUCAUCCCUGUCAGCAAACCCGAAGUCGCGGAAAUGUCAAAAUUGUACGAGAAUUGCCAAAGGACGAUAGCCAUUGCGUACGCCAACGAGAUGUCAGACGCUUGUCAGGGACUGGGGAUCGACCCCUUCGAAGUGGCACGCACAGCCGCCAGCAAACCUUUUGGGUAUCUGCCGAUGUACCCGUCGUUGGGAAUUGGGGGUCAUUGCAUCCCGGUUAACCCGAUCUACUUCAUGUCGACAUGCAAUCUUCCGCUCCUACAACAAGCGCACGAGAAGAUGAUGUCGCGGCCGUCGCGCAUCGCCAGCCAGCUUCUCGCAACCAUGAUGGAAGAGUGCCACAAAAAACACGGUUCGACACACCGCCCUAGGCUUCUCGUCGUCGGAGUCGGUUUCAAGCCCGGGCAGUCGGACCUGUCACACUCGCCAGGCCUGCAGUUGCUGAAUUACAUGCGACAGUCUGGCGAGGUAGAUCUCAUGUUUUGUGAUCCUCUGGUUAACCAGGAGGCGAUACCCGAAGUAUCAAGAUUGGAAGAAGAUACGCCUCGGCCCAAGCUGGGGGAUGUUCCCUACGGAACGAAGAUCUUCAAUUGCAAAGUGGAAAAUACGCUUGCCCUCACGUACGAUGAUGGUCCCCGGGAGUGGACAGCGGAUUUGCUGGACAUCCUGAAGGCCAACGGCGUCAAAGCGACGUUCUAUAUCAGAACAAUCAACCUGUACUGGGAGCUGAUAGCCCACAAGUUCGACGAGAGGUCUGCGCUUAUUAGAAGAAUAUACAAGGAAGGACACCAGAUUGCGGGGCAUACCUGGGGCCACAAGGACUUGGACAAGAUGACUCCGCAUCAACGCAGAGACGAACAGAUAAAAGCAGAGAUUGUCCUCAACGACAUCCUAGGCUUUUUCCCGACCUACAUGCGCCCGCCCUUCAACAUCUGCGGCCCUGAAUGCCAGGCCGAAAUGGGAGAGCUCGGCUACCAUGUGACUGCAGCCGACCUUGAUGGACGAGACUGGGCAGGUAAUUAUACCUACACGGAAGAGAACUUCAUGGAGAAGAUCAAGGGCAAGAACCGUAACGGGGUUCGGGCCUGGUUGGGCCUGGCGCACGACACCCACGAAGGUACCGUGCAUAGAUACACACAGUUCAUGAUUGACAACGCACGGGCGCAUGGAUACAAGCUGGUGAGAGUAGGGGAAUGCCUGGAUGACCCGGAGGAGAACUGGUAUCGGGACCCUUUGACGGGUGACAGGCCUGUUGAGAUGCCUCCAAGAGAGAUGCCGUGA